GUAUAUUUAUAAGCGUUUCAAAAAGUGCAUAAACAAAAGAAAAUAAAGAAAAUGUUUUAAGUAGAGAGGAACAACAAAGCGAGAAAAACAAGAGACAACAAUAAGAGAUUAACAAAGGAAAACAAGUGGCAGAUCAGUUGCAAAUCAUUUGUACAGCUAAAGAUACUUUUGACAGAUACAGAUACUUUGCAAGCUAUAGAUACUUCUAGAGCGCUAGCUGCAAAUAUAUUUGCCAUGAGCAUGCCUCAAGUGCGAGGCAGCAGCAAGGGUUGCUACCCGCUAAUGCUGCUGCUGCUGCUCCUGCUGGCCGAUCUGGGCUACACCGAGGAGCAUCCGCAUCGCCACGCCCACAAUGGCACAACCAGUGCACCGAACGGAGCUCGCGCACGGCGCAAUCAUCUGCAGUCGCAGCGCUUGCAGCAGCUGCAAUGGGCACAGGCUGGCAACGGAUUGGACGGACUGCAGCUGGGCAACGGCUACCAUCACUUGAGGCACGAGCAGCACUUGCGGGCAGAGCUGGCGGGCAACGAGCAGAACCGGCAGCCGCCGUUGCCAGACCAGCUGCUGCUCGGCGGGCCGGGUGAACAGCAUCACUUGCGUCAUCACAAUCGGCAUCAUGCUGCCUGGCAACAGCGCGUUUUUCCCGAGCUGCGGCAACAGUCGCUGAUGACGACCCCGGCAACGGCAACGGCAGCGGCUCCAUCGACCACAGUCGCUCCCGUCACUCAGGUGGUAACCGAUGCACCAGUGCAGCAUGCUGCCGCCAAUGAUAGCAACAUUUAUUCCUCGAGGCGCUAUUUCGAUCGCGAUUCCAUUUCAACCGCCUGGAUGCAGGCGCGUUCGACGCGUGCGCCCAACUGGCAGCAGCAGCUCGUGGACAGCGAUGAGGAUGACAGCGCAGAUGAUGACGAUGAUGAGGACGAUGAUGAUGACGAGGACUACGAUGACGAUGAGAUGGAUGAUCAAGCCGAUCAGGCAGUGAACGUGGCUGCCGAGCUGGCCAAGCAAAUGCCGCGCUACUCCUUCUUCAGCCAGAAGCUGCCGGACUUGAGUGCCAGCGAACAGGAUUACGACUACGAUCAAUCCGAGUCGAAUGCACCCAGCAGCAACAGCAACAACAACAAGCAUCCAAAUGUGGCAGCUAAUCACCCCAAGGCAGCAGCCAAGCGCAACAUCUUCAAUUGGCUCUUCAAGCCCAGCAAGGAGAAGGUGCAGCUGCAGCUGAAGACAACAACGGCAAAGCCCAGCGCAGAUAGCUCAAGUCAGGAGCAGCUCUUCUCGAACGAGCAGUGGAACAAGAUCGAGCAUGAGCAUCAUCUGAAGCAGCAGCAGCAUCAGAAGGAACUUCAGGCAUUGCGCGACAGCAUCAGAAACAGAAAUGCGCCGCUGAUAAGAAACCGAGCCGUCGUUGGCAUUGAUAAUGAGGUAAGUGCAGCUGCGAAGUGCUCAGAAGACGCCAAUGUGCAUAACGCGGACAACAACAAUAAUUACGCACAUAAUCGCAUCGGCAGCCAAACUGCGCACAAGGAGAAAUUGCUGGGAACGCCGGAAGCUGUGCUCAAUGCUCGACGAGAGAGGGAGGAGGCCAAAGUCUUUGCAGCCAAGGCGAAUGCACACAUCGAAGAGGUAUUGAGGGAGCACUCUUGCCACUUGCCACAGAAGCGUUGCAUGAGCGCCGGACGCGACCCAUCGAAGAUCUACUUCCCCCACUGCACCUUCGUACACCGUUGCUCCGAGGACAGCGGCUGCUGCCACAGUCGCACCGAGAUCUGUGCCCCAAAGCGCACCCACAAAGUCGAAAAGUAUUUCUUUGUCAAGACCCACAAAGACAGACGAUCCAAGCCGGAAAUGUUGACCUUUGUCAACCACACCGAAUGCCAUUGCAUCGAUCGCAGUAACUACUAUGCAGAGGGCAUCAUCUCCAGCAACGGUGCAGUAGUGCAGCGUGCCACCAUGCUCAACUGCAACUGUCCAGUGCACUUCGAGCGCAUCCUACAGAACGAUGGGCAAUGCAGAUGCGAUUGUUCCUCGAGCAACUACGAUUGCGACUAUCGCAAGCGGGGCAGCGAGCACUUCUCCUUGGAAGAUCGCAAGUGCAUCAAGGAGGGACGCUGCAAGCCGCCCACCUGCCAAUAUGGGCCAUAUAUGGAGAAGAUUGGACGUUGUCCCAAUUAUCAUGAGCAGACCUCGCAUCCGAUGAACAACUACAAUGCAGUGGACAUGUCGUAAAUGCAUAGCACGGAACUGGAACCGAAACCGGAACCGGAGCACAACAAGUAUUAGUAUAAAAACAGUUAUACGAAAAGGAGUUAAACGACAUAGCGAAUGAAUUGAAUUUAUAGAAUUCAAUUCAAAUCAAGUUUUGAGUUCGAAAUCGAAUGCCGAAACCUGUCGAAAGAGAAACGGAAGGGAAUUUAGUUGCAUAUCCUAUACAGAACACGAACAUAUAUCCGCUGAUCGAAAUUAGCUCUUAUACAGCACCUUUUUUGCGACCCUAAUUCAGAUCGUCUUUAAUAGCUGUAAAGAU